AUGGAAACCAGCUCAGGCCUGUGUUUGAAGGCAGCAGGAGACGGCAGCAGCGCAGACCCCACAGUGCCAGAGCAAAAACCCUUCAGCCUCAUGUACCAGAUGUGUGUUUGUGCUGCUAAAGGCCUACGCUGUGGUGGUCUCCGGGACGACCCCCCUCCCCCAUGUGUUUACUGUCCCCUGGCUCUUGUCUGUCUGCAGGACAUGUCUGAGUCCCAGAGGCGGCUUUUCUCUGAGGUGAACAUGGUCACAGCGGACCACUGUGAUCUCCUGCUCGACGCCAUGGACAAAGAACUGGACCAACUGCAGAUCCACCCGCGGCAAAGACUCAGAGACAGUGUGUGCAGAGGGACAGUGUCCUGUGGCCGGCCCCAGUCUGAGAGCCAGGACACGGGUGUGGGCAGCACUGAGGGGCCCCUGUGUGGUCCGGAUCUCCAGGGCCCAGCGGAGACCAGGCCAGAUGAUGGUGUGAAGAGCAGAGACAGAUUCAGUGCAGUGCAGCAGUCUCACCAUGAGGAGGCGCUGUGGAGGCUGCGGAGGCUCCUGGGGGACUCCUGUGGGAACGCAGACACAGGCUCCAGGCUCCCCCCCUCGGACAGCAUCUGUACGGAGGAGUUUGCCCAGCGCUUCAGGCAGGAGAUGGUCCAUGAGCCGGUCCCACUCAGGCCCAAAGAAGCCUGUUCCCCAAAACAACUCGCUCACGGAGGUCCCAAGGCGCUCAUAGGGCACCUAGUGCCGCGCCAUAAGAAGUACCUAAUCCAGGGGCUGGAGAAAGACCCGCCGCCAAGAGCGAGAAGAACGAGAAACGAGAAACGCGAACGAGCAGUAAACGGCGCAAAUAGCACUGAGAAAAGAGGAUUUAAGAGAAGGGAACCCAAAAAACAAAACCCCCCCCCCCCUCCCCCCACCCCCCCCCCCCCCCCCCAGCGAAAGAAAGCCACGAGAAAAGAGAACAAGAGAAGAGCACAGAGAAAAGCGGCACAGAGACAAAGCAGCGGAGAAAAUGAAGAGAGAGAUAAGAGAAACACGAAAAGAGAAAAAAGAGAACAAGAGAAAAGAGCAUCAGAGCACCGCCGCGCGAAAACUAAGAAGAGAGAAACCGAGAAACGAGCACCGGCAGCCAGCGGCACAGGUCCGGAGAGCCCCGCGCCGCGCGACCUGCGAAGAGAGCCGAGAGAAAAGCACGAAGCGCCUAAAACUCUGACCCACAGCCGCAGAGGCACCGCAGAAACGCAGAGACGAUGA